UAGUCUAUAUCACUGCUUCCCAGAGCACAACUAUGUUGUAUCAACUAGGGGAACAGCCAGAGACCGUUACUCUAGCAGGAGGCAGUGUACUCCAGCAUCCUCUCAAGCCCUCGAUCCCAGUCUCCAUCUCUGCUAAUGUGAGCAUCCAAGUGGUGUUCUACAGCGUGGGCGCAGCUGUCCCUAAUUCCUCCCAUGCCUUCCUGAUGAAUGUUCCAGAUGUUGCCAGUUACUGCCGGAUGUAUUCUAUAAAUGCCCAGGAGGGCUUCAAGAACUUCACCUUGAUGGUAGCCAAUAUAUCUGAGUCUGGUGCCAUCAUCCUAGACAAUCAGCCUCUAAGGGAUGUGGUGUGGAACCGAGUUGCUGGCACUAAGUUUGUUUGGGGCAUGCGUACACUUGGACCUGCCAUCAGCUCCCAUGCUGUGGAACAUCCCGCCUCUCCAUUUGCGCUCCUGAGUGUUGGCACUGCUGCCAUGGACAGCUAUGGGAUUCCGGGUUCCUGCAGGAAGAAUCUUACCUUUAAAUGCCAGACUGAGACUCUACAGAUAAAAGAGCAGUUGGAGAGGUGCAAAGAUGUCUUUCUGCAGGGCAACAACAGUGAAUUUUGCUCCUUCAUGAACUCAACCUUGGUGAAUUUGGAGACCAUGUGUGCACAGGACAGAGCAGUGUAGCUGAAGGAAGUUGCUCGUUGCUUUGGUUCCUUCCUGAAUAGCUCCACCCUCAGUGCUGGUGGGAAGGAGAGCAAGGGGGAGGUGGCCUCCGCCGUGAUGUUCCUCCUGCAGAGUGUGGAACUGGCUGCACUGACAGCUGCUUUGAAGUCUCCGGAGAAUAAAACCCAGAAUGUGACAACAGAGUCUAUGGCUAUCAAGACUCUCCUCAUCCCAGCUGCAGAUUCCUGUGAUGAGGUCUUCAGGCUGAGGGCUCAGAAGGAGACAAUGGACAUUCAGUGCAAUACAGUCACCAGAGCACCCACAGAAGAUUCUGUGGCUGUUGCUUUUAUUUCUUACUCCACCCUGGACUCCAUCAUUAACAAGAGAUUUCUCAAUGACGGAGAUCUAACAGCUGAUGAGAAAUUGAGGAAUUUUCACCUGAAUUCUAGGGUGGUGAGUGGGGCUAUCAGAGCUGGGAGGCACAUGAACGUCUCCAAACCUGUGAACUUCACCCUGCGCCAUAGACAGGCAAAGAAAGAGGAGGAAGAGACUCCCUGCGUUCACUGGAAAGUCAUCGCUGGGAAAGGCACCUGGGCUGAGGAUGGCUGCACUGCUCUGCACACGAACAGCACUCACACCAUCUGCAGCUGUGACCAUCUCUCCAGCUUCACACUCUUUAUGGGUCUCACUGGAGUGGAGGAGAGUUACACACUGACCAUCGUCACUCAUGUGGGACUGACCCUCUCCCUGCUGUGCCUCCUGCUCGCCAUCCUCACCUUCCUCCUGUGCCGUUCCAUCCGCAAUGUCAGCACCUCCCUCCACCUGCAGCUCUGCCUCUGCCUCUUCCUGGCCGACCUGCUCUUCCUCACCGCAGUGAAGUGCACCGGCAUUCGGGUGGUCUGUGCUGUCAUUGCUGGCCUCCUACACUACCUCUUCCUGGCCUGCUUCAGCUGGAUCUUCCUGGAGGGGCUGCACCUCUUCCUCACCGUCAGGAACCUGAAGGUCAUGAAUUACACCAGUGCCAGCCGGUUCAAGAAGAGAUUCAUGUACCUGGUCGGCUACGGAUUCCCAGCCCUGGUGGUGGCUAUUUCUGCAGGUGUGAAUCCUGAAGGCUACAGAACUUCCACACACUGCUGGCUCAGCCUGGACAGAGGCUUUCAUUGGAGCUUCCUGGGACCAGUCUGUGCCAUAAUCCUGAUAAAUUUAACAUUUUUUCUUGUAACCCUCUGGAUCCUGAGAGACAAACUCUCCUCCCUUAAUGAAGAUGUGUCCACUCUCAAAGACACCAGGCUACUGACCUUUAAAGCUAUCGCCCAGCUAUUCAUUCUGGGCUGCACAUGGAGUCUUGGUUUCUUCCAAGUUGGCUCAGCAAAAAUGUUCAUGGUGUAUUUAUUCACCAUUGUCAACAGCCUGCAGGGAGUGUUCAUCUUCCUGGUGCACUGUCUCCUCAAUUGCCAGGUGAGAGAGGAGUACAGGAGAUGGAUUAAAGGCAUAAGAAAACCCAGUCCCACAACUCAAACUUUUAGUCCAUCAGCGUCCACUGUCACUACCAGCACCAAGAUGGCUCCAUGCAUCACUCGCUCUGGAAUGGGCUGGGAAGGUGUUGGAUUUGACACAAAUUCAGUGAAUUGCGGAGAGCCCUCCACUUCAUCUCUGUGAAACAGUCACCUCUCCAACCAACCAUGUUUAUCACACAGCUAGCUUUGCUGUGCCAGUGGGGCAGGUGCUUCAGCUGCCAUUCUUCAUCACAACUACAUACAAAACCUGGAAGGGGAAGCAAGAUUGGACCAAAUCCUCUCUCUGAUCCAAAUCCACAACUCCUACUGAAUUCAAAGGCCACCCUAGGGUUGUAUCUGGGUGUCUCUCCCAGAUUUAAAGAGCCAGAUCCCAGGUCAGAGAGCAGUUAUUUCUUAGGAAAAGCACACCAUGCGUGGGGGAGGGGCGGGGACGGGUCGAUUUGUAAAGCCGUCGCGUGCUAUGUGUGUGAGCUAGCUCUGCUGUUUCACUGUAAUGUGUAAAUAAUAAAAUAACCUGCUCAUGGA